UUCUGGCGUGACCUGUUGAAUUUUUGCUUCUGUCUAAAAUUUCUCCAACAAUUUUGGUAUCAGAGCUUAAGUUCGAGAGAGUUAGUUGAGUGUAAAACACAGUGAGAAAAGAUGGACAACAAUGGCAAUGCUAUGGGUACAACACAACCACUCAUUCUAAUCUUCAAAGGAGAAGGCUACGAGUUUUGGAGUAUGCGUAUGAAGACUCUUCUCAGAUCUCAAGACUUAUGGGACUUAGUAGAACACAACUAUGCGGAUCCUGACGACGAAGGCAAGUUGCGGGAGAAGAGGAGAAAGGACUCUAAGGCGUUAGUGAUUAUUCAACAAGCAGUCCAUGACAGUGGUUUUUCGCGGAUUGGUACAACAACAACGUCAAAAGAAGCGUGGCUGAUUUUGCAAAAGGCAUUUCGAGGAGAUUUAAGAGUACUUGUGGUAAAAUUGCAAUCACUUAGAAAAGAAUUUGAGACCUUGAUGAUGAAAAAUAGAGAAUCAAUUGCUAAUUUUUUGUCACGGGCAACGACAAUUAUUAGUCAGAUGCAAACAUACGGCGAGACGAUUACAGAUCAGACUAUAGUGGAGAAAGUAUUGAGAAGUUUGACUCUAAAGUUCGAUCAAGUUGUGGCCGCAAUAGAAGAAUCAAAGGAUCUGUCCACUUUCACAUUUAUUGAAUUAAUGGGAUCUCUUCAAGCACAUGAGUCAAGAAUCAAUAGAUCGAUGGAAAGAAACGAAGAAAAAGCGUUUCAGGUAAAGGAUGUAGUUCCAAAGUAUAAUAACAGUGAUCGUGUGAUGACUCGAGGCAGAGGAAGAGGAGGAUAUCGUGGUCAAGGUCGUGGAACUGAAAAAGGAUGCAAACAAAAUGAAGAAAAAGGGCAGUUCAGAGUGCAAUCAAGCAACAAAGCUAAUAUUCAAUGCUACCAUGGCAAGAAGUUUGGUCAUGUAAAGGCAGACUGUUGGUACAAAAAUCAGCGAGCCAAUUUUUCAGCAGAGAAUGAAGCAUAAGAGAAUAAUGGAAAGGAUGAAAAUAAGUUGUUUAUGGCAAACGUCACUAGUGAUCAAAAGACAGCGGAGGUGUGUUUCAUUGAUAGCGGGUGUUCGAAUCACAUGACAGGCUUGAAGCCUAUAUUCAAUGAGCUUAACGAAGGAGAAAAGUUGAAGGUGGAACUUGGAAACAACAAGGAGCUACAAGUAGAACGCAAAGGAACGGUUGGAAUUGAAACUCACCAUGGAAAUAGAAUUCUCACAAAUGUUCAGUAUGUGCCCGAUAUUGGAUAUAAUUUGCUGAGUGUUGGACAGCUAAUGGAGAGUGGGCAUUCUAUCUUGUUUGAUGAUGGUGCGUGCUUGAUAAAAAAUAAGCAAACAUUAUGAGUUUUGGCAAAAGUAAAGAUGACCAAAAGCAAAAUGUUUCCACUGGAAGUUUUAAAUGUGGAAAAUUUUGCUCUUACUGCAACUGCAACUAAUACAACAAAGAACAACUCGAAGUUAUGACAUUUAAGGUAUGUACAUCUUAAUAUUAAAGGGCUUUCUUUGCUAAAUCAAAGAGAUAUGGUUAUUCGGUUAUCGAAAAUCAGUGCUAUCAAUAUCUGGAGGGAUGUGUGUAUGGAAAACAAACUCGAAAAUCUUUACCUAUUGGGAAAGCUUAGAGAGCCUCGAAGUAUCUCGAGCUAACUCAUGUUGAUUUGUGUGAGCCAAUGCAAACAAAAUCUCUUGGUGGGAGAUUUUAUUUCUUGAUUUUUAUAGACGAUUAUAGUCGUGUAUGAGUUGGAUAUAUUUUCUAGAAAGAAAAUCAGAAACAUCUGAGAAGUUCAAGCAUUUCAAGGCAAAGGUAGAAAAGCAAAGUGGCAUGUUCAUCAAAUCUCUUCGCAGUGAUGGAGGUGGAGAAUUUUUGUCCAACAACUUCAACCAUUUUUGUGAGGAACAUGGCAUCCAUAGGGAGUUGACAACACCUUACACUCCAGAGCAAAAUGGGAAAGCUGAGAGGAAGAAUUGAACUGUGGUAGAAAUGGCAAGAAGCAUGUUGCAAAUGGAAGGCCUUUCGAAUAAUAUUUGGGUUGAAGCAGUCUCGACUUCCAUCUAUCUACUAAACAUCUCACCAACAAAGGCUGUCAUGAAUAAAACUCCAUUUGAAGCUUGGUAUGGCAAAAAACCCAAUGUAAGUCAUUUAAGAGUUUUUGGUUGCAUUUCUUAUGCUUUGGUACCCUCUCAAGUUCGUCAAAAGCUUGAUAAAAAAUCUAAAAAAUGCAUUUUUAUUGGUUAUUGUACUCAAUCCAAAGCAUAUAGAUUGUAUAACCCUCUUAAUGGCAAAAUUCUCACAAGAGAAGAUGUAGUGUUUGAUUGAUGAGAGUGCUAGUUGGGAUUGGCAAAAUUGUCACAAGAAGAGAUGUAGUGUUUUAAAGAGACUGUUAAUGUAGGACAAGCAC